AUGAUGCCCUUGAGAGACAACCUUUACUUCCGUCGCCUCGCUGUUCAUUUUGCUGGCCUUAGCAAAGAGGAAAUGACAGGCGCUGAAGAAAAAGCGAUUCGUAACAUAAAAAAUGCGGUUGCUUCUAACAUGGUCGUCUCAGAGGAAGCUACGGAAGAGGUGCUUUUACCCGAUGAGAAAUGGGCAGCUGAUCUUGCGCAGGAGCUUCUCGCUGAACACAUCUCCGGUCUAAUUGACGAUGCUCAACUUGUAACGAAACUUUUUUUGGAGUAUCGCAGACGUCUCGACACUAGACGAGACAGUAAAUUUACUGUCUUAAUGGGCUUCUACGAUUAUAAUUAUGUUGUUUCUGUUGGUUAUAUGAUUAUUGGAUCAGUGAGUCAUGGCGACUCAGCUCAAGUGAAUUCAUUUAUCGUCACCCUGAAGCGUGCUCUUCUUGGCGAGCUCGAUCGCUACCUACAGGAGCUUGCAGACAAAAUUCAUGAGCACUUUCUUGGUCAACGACUCCCCAUUCGACGUGGGCUCGCAUACACAACUCCCUGGAUGCGCAAACGAUUCGAUAUCCAACACUGA